CGACUGCACACCAGCCUUUGGCUUCUGAGAAAGAACCAGGACCGUGAGCGACUUCUGGAGUUUUGCGCUCACGCUGUUGGCGAAAAGCUCCAACCUACUCUCUUCAACACUCCAGACUUCCCCACCUUUUGAGGUAUUGCUUUUUGCGGUCGUCGAGGCACAUUCCCGAUUGAAAGCUCUUUAGGCACAAUAAUCGAGCGCAAUGGCACCACCGAGCAAUCGGGGAGUCAUUUUGGACAAGGGCGACGAUAUCGGCAGCCCCGCCGAGAACACAACGCAUGUCCAGCCGAAAGGCGCUUCGGAGACCCAGAGCUCUGAAAAUGAGGAUCAUGGAGUCCCGCAGUAUGCGGAUAGCGGAGUGAACCCGGUGCUAGAGGAAGAGGCGCAGAGUAAGGGGAGGUGGUUUGCGUACGUGACGACGAAGCAGUUUUGGGUGGCUAUGCUUCUUGGGCAGGUGCUCGCUAUAUGCAUUACCUCGACGAAUACGCUCAGCCAACUACUCUCGUUCGAAGGGACUAGCAUCCCUGCCUUCCAGACCUUCUUCAACUAUGUGCUGUUGAAUCUCAUCUACACCAGCUGGACGAUAUACAAGUACGGGCUUAAGAAGUGGGGGAAGCUCAUCUUGAAAGAUGGAUGGCGCUUCUUCAUCUUGGCCUUCUUUGACGUGGAAGGGAAUUACUUUGUUGUUCUGGCAUACCGAUACACUACGAUCCUUUCUGCCCAACUCAUCAACUUCUGGGCCAUAGUCAUUGUCGUCAUAAUCUCCUUCCUCUUCCUCCGCGUGCGCUACCACCUCACGCAAAUCGCUGGCAUCCUGCUCUGCAUCGGCGGCAUGGGCGUUCUGUUCGGCAGCGACCACAUCACCGGCUACAACGCUUUCCCCGCCUCCGACCAAGUCAAAGGCGACCUCUUCGCGCUUCUCGGCGCCACGUUCUACGGCCUGAGCAACUGCUUCGAGGAGUUUUUGGUGUCGGAGCGCCCGCUGUAUGAAGUCGUGGGACAGCUCGCGUUCUGGGGCAUGCUGAUCAACGGCACGCAAGCCGGUAUCUUCGAUCGCUCCUCUUUCCGGUCCGCGGUCUGGAACUCGAAAGUCGGAGGCUAUUUGACCGGCUACACGUUCAUUCUGGCCUUGUUCUACAGUCUCGCUCCCUUACUCUUUCGGCUCACCUCCGCGGCUUUCUUCAACAUCUCCCUCCUGACCGGAAACUUCUGGGGCGUCGCGAUUGGGGUCAAGGUCUUCCAUUUGCACAUCCAUUGGAUGUAUCCGAUUGCGUUCGUACUUAUCUUGCUGGGUCAGGUUAUCUACUUCUUGAGACAGAGUAGGCUGGCCGAGCAGGUUAAGCCUUGGUUGGGCGCUAAUCAGGAGGGAGGGCAUGCGGGAAUUGGGACCGCGAAGAGGAGGGUGGAGAGGCCGGAUACGAUUGUGUAGGGUGGCUUGAGUUGGGCUGGGGGUUGUGGAGGGUUGUAGAGAGCGAGGACCCGGCUGAUGUGCUGUUGGAUAAGACCCUAAAGGCCUUCAGGUUGGGUGAUGGGCGGAGCAGCGGUGGAGGGAAGACACACUGGCUACGCACUAGUCGCCGUCGUAGAUGUACGACUUCCGCAACAAGACUACACAGAACGCACGCUAAACUAUCACAAAACGGUUGGAGCCGUCAAACAAUCCCAUCAGCCCCAAUAGACAGAUAUAGAAACCUCAAACGCAAAAAGACUGACAAAUCUCAAAAUCUGUUCCC